CACCCAAUGAGCUUCCAGGCGGCUGUGCCGGUUGUCGCCCCCCCCCCCGGCCCCCCCGCAGCCCCCCGCGCUCCAUGAGGGCCCCGCUGACAGGAGCGCCGCUGGGCGAUGGCUGCGGCCGCGGCGCUGUGGGCGGCACCGCUGGGGCCGUCGGUGCUGCCGGAGCUCCACGAGCGGCGGUUGCGCCGUCCCUGCUGUGACAUCGCCGUCAGCGCCGAAGCCCCCCGGGUGGUGGCGGCCGCCUCGGGCCCCCUCCCGCGCCGCCCCUCGGCCUCCGGAGCCGCCGUCUGCUCCGACGCCCUCGGCUCCAUCUACAGCUCCCGCUCAGCGUUGGCCGCGCGCGGUUGCGGCGCCGUCGGCCGCCGUUUGGGCCUCUCUUCCCUGCCUGGUUUGGCGAUGGAGCCCCUGACGGCGCUGAGCGGCGCCGAAGCGCCCGACGCGCCCGUGGAUUUAACGUGCUCGGCCUCGCGCUCGGCCCAACCGCAGCCGCCCCAGGCGGCGCCUUCGCCCUCCUCGGCUUUGCCGUGCGGGCUGUGCGGCCGCCACUUCGGCACGGCGGCGGCGCUGGGGCUGCACAGCAAACUGCACCGCGGGCGCCGCGCUCUGGCCUGCCGCCACUGCGGCAAAACCUUCAUCCACGUCAAGAGGCUCCAAACCCACGAGGUUCUCUGCCAAGAUGGCGGCGGCAACGCCACCACCGCCACCGCGGCGCACGGUAAAAAGGCUUUACUGCUCCGGCACCGCGCGCUGGAGCUGCUGCCGGAGCCGGAGCCGCUGGUGAAGGUGGUGGACGGGCACGCGGUGUACCUGUGCGGCGUUUGCCAGCGCUCCUACAUGACGCUCUCCAGCCUGAAGCGCCACGCCAACGUCCACUCGUGGCGCCGCAAGUACCCGUGCCGCUACUGCGACAAAGUCUUCGCCCUGGCCGAGUACCGCACCAAACACGAGGUUUGGCACACGGGCGAGCGCCGCUAUCAGUGCAUCUUCUGCUGCGACACCUUCGUCACUUACUACAACCUCAAAACGCACCAGAAGGCCCUGCACGGCAUCGAUCCGGCGCUCACCGCCUCCGAGAAGACACCCAACGGCGGCUACAAACCCAAAGUCAACGCCCUGAAGCUGUACCGACUGCUGCCCAUGCGCGCGCACAAGCGCCCCUACAAAACCUACAGCCAAACCCCGGCGCCGCCGGAGCCGCCGACGCCGACGCCGACCACCUCCGGGGAGCCCUUCGCGCCGCCGCGCCCCGAACCGCCGUCGGUCAUCGCCUACGGGCGCCCGGCGGCGUCGGUGAUCGUCCACAGCGGCGCGGCGGCCGCCUCGGUCAUCGCUUCCAACGGGCGGGCGGCGGCGGAGGCGCCGGCGCGGCCCAUGAAGAAGCAGGUGCUGCGCGAUUACAUCGAGGCGCAGCGAGCGGCCGACGCGGCGGCGGCGGUGAGUGCGGCCGCGGUGCCUCCCGCCGCGCCCGACGCCGCCCGCACCAUGACUUACGUGGCCAAACCGGCGUACGUCGGCGCUGCCGGCGAGAACCGCGCCGCUCCCCUUUGCCAAAUCACCGUCCGCAUCGGCGAAGAGGCCAUCGUCAAGCGGCGCAUCUCCGAGACCGAACUCCGGCUGGAGACGGGCGCCGCCGCCGCCAACCGCCGCGACGCCGACGCCGCCGAGCGCCUCUGGCGCCCCUACACCGCCUGUAAAGCCAAACGGAAGGCGCCGAGCGGCGCCGCGGCCGCGCCCGGCACAAGCGGCGGCGCCAAAGGCUCGCGGUGGCGCCGGCAGCUGCGGGUGCUGCGCUGGGACGGCGACGGCGAAGAGGCCGAGCGGCGCCAGCGCGGUUGGCAACACUCGUGCCGGGUGUGCGGGAAGAGCUUCACGGCGCUGCGGAAGCUGCGGAAGCACCAACGCGGCCACGAAGGGGACGCGGCAGCGGCAUCGGCGUCGGCAUCGGCGUCGGCAUCGGCGUCGCCGCGCGUGGGGCGGCGCCCGUCGCUGCGUUUCGCCUGUAGCCGCUGCGCCAAAGUCUGUAAGACGGCGGCAGCGCUGAGCCGGCACGGCAGGAGACACCGCGACGAAGCGGCUGACGGCACCGCCGCCACCGCGGGACACCGCCACGCAACACCGGGACGCGGCGCUGCCUCCUCGGCACCGGCGGACGCCGAUCGCGGGGACACCGAGGGCACCGCCAAGCGCCUCAGCGGCACCGGGACGGCGGUGCACUCCGGUUCGGGUGACGCCUCGGGGGGGGACGGAGCCGCUCGCGGUGACGCCGUUUGGGGGCACAAAACCACCGCCGGCGGCAAAAGCGCCGCAGGUGACGGCGUUUCGGGUGACGAAUCGCCUCCGGGGGACACCGCUGCGGGUGACAAAAGUGCUGCGGGUGACAAAGCGCCCCCUGGUGACGCCGUUGCGGGGGACAAACCCCCCUCGAGUGCCCCCGGUUGCGGUGACAGAGGUCUCCCGGGGGACAACGUCACCGCUGGGGACCCCCUGAGGGGGGACAGAGUCCCUCCGGGUGACAAACGCCCCGUUUGGGGGGACAGAGGCGCCAUCGCGGGUGACAACAGCGACUUUGGGGACAAACCCCCUCGGGGUGACAGAUCCCCCCUCGGUGACACCUUUCGGGGGGACAAACCCCCUCGGGGUGACAGAUCCCCCCUCGGUGACACCUUUCGGGGGGACAAACUCCCCCCGGGUGACAACCGCCCCUUCGGGGUCCCCAUUCCGGGUGACAAACCCCCCCCAGGUGUCCCUUUUAGGGGUGACAAAGCCCCUCGGGGUGACAAAUCCCCCCUGGGUGACACCUUUCGGGGUGACAAAGCCCCUCAGGGUGACAAAUCGCCCCUCGGUGACACCUUUCGGGGUGACAAACCCCCUCUUCCAGGUGACAAACAGCCUCUCAGUGACACCUCUCGGGGUGACAAACCCUCUCGGGGUGACAAAUCCCCUCUGGGUGACACCUUUGGGGGUGACAGAACCUCUCGGGGUGACAAAUCCCCCCUGGGUGACACCUUUUGGGGUGACAAAACCCCUCUGAGUGACACUUUCCGGGGUGACAAACCCUCUCGGGGUGACAAAUCCCCUCCGGGUGACGCCUUUGGGGGUGACACCUUUGGGGGUGACGCCUUUGGGGGUGACCGAGGGCCCCCGUGGGGUGGCCCCGCGCCCCACGCCGCAGCCCAGGAGCGGCCGUUGGCGCUGCUCCGCCGUGGGGCGGCCCCCGAAGUUGGGGUUCGCCGUGGGGCAGCGCCGUCGCUGCCGCCCCCCAUCUUGGCGCUGCCCCCCCUGCUCGCCUUCCCCUUCCCCUUCGGCCUCGCUGUGGGGCAGGCCGGGAGCGAGGGGCCCCCCUCUGCGCCCCACAACUUGGGGGUCCCGGCCAGGGGCGGGGAGAGGCCCCCCCGGAAAGCGGGGGGGGGGACCUGA